AUGCAACGAGCAACACCAGAAGACGCAAUGGCGACGAAUAUCUCUCGCGCCUUCUUUUUGUCGGCGACAACAAGCUCGCCAACUCCCUUUCUCUAUCAAACUCGCACCCUUGCGCCGAUAUCGCUGUCGUUGCGCAGAACGUUCGAUGCUCGCGUGCGUCAAUAUACGGCCGAAAACAGAGCCUCCCACGGUUAUGAGAGGUCGGAGAGCAAUUUCGCAUCUGACCAAGAUGAAUUGAGCCAGGACACUUCUUCUCAAAGAUCUGGUUCCGGUUCAGCGGCUGAGGGUCCUCAACCUCGGAGAAGUUACUUGCGUCGGCGUUCUGCCUCAUUGACGCCGGAAGCUCGAAACAAAACACAAACUCCCUCCUCAAAGUCCGCCAAAGGAUCCAGUACGGUCACUGGUCCGGAACGAAAAGCCUUUGGAGAGCUACUCGGGCAGCUCGGCAUCGGACGCGAUGACGCAAAUGCGCACGCCGGGGACACAACACAGUUUGAAGACCCCUCGGGCGAGGGACAGGAACGUAUAAAGGAGCUCAUGGUCAAAUUUGGCUCGAUCUUGAAGGAUGUGCAAGAGAAGAAUAAGGUUUCUGGGAAAUCUAAGCGAGAAUUGCAAAGAGCAGCCGAUGCUGAAGGCGGGAUACCUUUCUCCAGCCAGGUCUCCCUGGACUCCAGCCUGAUAGAUGGGACAUUGGAGGGCUCCAUUAAGCUUCGAAUCAGUGAACUUGGUUACACCGAGCCAGCUUCAGCUACCACCGUCGAACCCGAGAUUACCAUGAAGGAGGCAAUCGAGUUUGUUGUCAAGAAGGAAUCGGAGAAGAUUGAGUUUGCGCUGUUCCAAGCGAUUGAGGAAGGCAAAGGCGAUAUGGGCCUGUGGGAAGUGUGCAAAGAGCGCAUUUUCUCAGUGUUACAGCAUUUGGAUGAGGCAGCCGAUCUCACAAUGCCUGGCUCUGCCAACUCACCGGGUGCAAACGAAACACCAAGUACCAAACCAGCGGCACCCUCAUCCGGCCCUCUCAGAAUCCCGUCUGUCGUGCCAAUUGGCCCGGUAAUCACAGCACUUUACCCAAAAACCCUUCUGAUCGCCUUCCGCCUGCUCAACACGCAUUUCCCGGAUUCGCAUCUCAUCAGCCAGUUCCGUUCUACUAUCAAGGAGCAGGGCCGUGCAUCUGCGCUCCUGGGAUCAUCUGUUGCCUUAUUUGACGAAAUGAUUCACUUCUAUUGGCAUGGCUGCAACGAUCUCCCGGCCGUGGUAUCGUUCCUUCAUGACAUGGAUGUAACAGGGCUGGAUCCUAGUUUCAGAACCCGCAGACUGCUGAAAGAUAUUGUGCGCCAGCGACAGCGGGAUAUGGAUAUUCAGAGACAGUCUGCGGCUGGUCAAGACUCGUUCUGGGAUUUCCCUCCGAACAAAAGAGCAUUUGAGGAACUUGCUGGGCGUGACGGGUGGCUAGACAGGCUUAAGACUCGCGCGCGAGAGUCCCACAGCCAGCGCGAAGUCCGACGAUCAGUUUAGGUGUCUUGUCCUGUUCAAAUUUUGUUUCCUACUGCAUAAUAGUUUUUAAG